AAAAAAUUACACACAAACCAAACAUGUUGUUAAGAGUGAGUUUUUUUCUUUGGCUUUCCAUUAACAUUGACUGUUUAAGUUUAGAUAAAGUGAGUGAUACACAAAAUGUGACGAAACGUGCAAUAAACAAUGGUGAUUUCUAUCCAGAUUGGGUACCGUUCAAAAAUAAACACGGAGAUCAACUUGGAGAGUUUGUGCAGGUAGAGCCCAAAGCGAAACCUAAAAAGAGGCUAGCGUUGCCUGUUAAUUUUAAACUUAAGGCUGUCGCUGAGUCUGAGGUAGAUGAUUAUUAUGAUAAAGGGAAAGGAGAAGGGGACAGUGAUGAUGAAUUUGAAAAAAAAGAAUGGUCCGAUUUGAAUAGACCUGAUGAACUAGUUGAUCCAGGGCAAUCUAUUAACCACACAGAUAUUUCUGAUAUAGACGGAGUAGUUAAAAUUAUAACCAAAAUCAAACCUAAUGUUUUAGCGGAAACUAUUAAAAGUCUUACUAAAUCAAGAGAUAGACUUCUUGCCAAUAACAAGACUGAGGAAGGGAUGAGUGAAUAUGCUAAAGAAAAAUCUUCAGAAGAAUCUAAUAACGAAGAAGAUAAAGAUAACGAGUCAGAAAGUACUAAAGAAAAUCCUAUACAUUUAAAUAAGGACGAAAUUAAAAUUGUACCGAAAGAUAACAAAGACCAAGAUAAAUCAGAAGUUUUAAAUAAGGAAGAAAAAGUGCCACGUAAGGAAGAAGAUGAUGUAGAUUAUGAAGAUGGAAUUUCAGAAAAACGUAAAAAAGAUUCCGAAUCAGAAGACGAAAGACGUGAGAAUGAAGCUCGAAAAGCAAUGAUACUUGGCAGUGUUGAUGAGUUAAAAGCACGCCAUGAAAAAGAACAAAAGGCAAUAUCUGAAAGAAUCAAAGAAGAAGAACUGUAUAAAGAAGAACAUGAAAGAGAUCAAAUACGUUCUAAAGAAGAAAUUGACAAAUAUGGUAAUAGAAAACAUAAGAUAACAGAAUACGAUGAAUAUGAGGAUAAAGAUUCAACAGAAGACGAAAGAUAUAAGCCAACAACAACUACAACAGUACGACCAAGAAGAAUAACUAGACGAAAGCCGAAAAAUAAAAACAUGGAACAUGGCAAACUUUCUGUAUUUAAAAAUCCUCGUGCUUAUAUGUUAUUUGACGAAACUGAUGAAAACAUUGAAACUACAACACAAUUAACCAAAACCACGAAUGUUAAGCACAGUAGAUUCUCUUCACGAUACAGAGCACCGACAGAAAAGGAUGAGCAUGUUAGAAUAUCGUUAGUACCAGAAGAAAUCGAUCCCAAGGAGCCAACGUUAUUCUUUCCACAGAAGAAAAAGAAUAAACGUAGACGUAAACAGAAGACUACCACGACUCCCAGUUCAGAUUCCACCGUAGCAGAAACAGUAGGGAAUACUGCCAAGGAUUCAAUAACAGAAUACGCAGACACUACAGCAUCAGAUACUGUAACUUCAGCAGUAGAUACAGCUCCAUCAGCCAUUGAGUCUGCUCCAUCAGCUAUUGAAUCUGCCCCGUCGGCUGUUGAUACAGUCUCCGUUAAUUCAAACUCAGUGAAAGAUGCAGUUCCAGCUUCAACUGACAAGAAGGAAGAACAUAAAUCUGAAGAUUAUGAUCGGGAAAAAGGUGGUACCAGAGAAUACAAGUCGGAACAUUAUGAGGAGCACGACGAACACGGAAAGAAAGCGUAUGAGGGCAUCCACAAGGACACGAAGUCAGCUAAGGGCCACCAUGACACAGAAGACCACCUAGGCAAAUACAACGACCACGGAGGCAUCGACAAGCAUCAUCACGACGAGGACGGCCAUUAUGGUUCGCACCACCAUGAGGAACAUGGGAAGAAACACGCCAAGUAUGAGGAGUCAGGCAAACAUUCGAAAGGGCACAGCACAAAAGGCAGCCACGAUAUCCACAAAAAAGAAGAAUACGAAAAGAAAGUGGAGUUCUUUGAAGAAGAAGGCGAUUCCGCGGAAGAAGAGAAACACGGCGGCUACGCUAAAGAGAAGGAACAUUCAUCGGGCGGCCACUUCAAACACGGCAAUCUCAAAGCGGGCCACCACGAGCACUCUAAAGGCGAUACCGGACACUUCCACAAGGGCGGCCAUGGACACAAGGAAAAAGGUCACAAAGCAGCGCAAGGCCACGACAGUCAUGGGAAACACGGUAACGCCCAAUUCGAAAAAGGCGGUAAGAACACCGGCAAGAAAUGGGUGUACCACCACGGUUAUCCGGCCAAGAACGCCAACCUGGUAAUAAUCGAUAGGAGAGCGGACCAAUACUACCAUGGACCCCAGUAUUAUGGGUAAAACGGUAACAUAGACUUCGUUCACCUUUUGGAUAAAUCCACAUAAUUUACAAGUUAAGAACAAGGACUAAAUUACAAUUUAUUGAUAAGUUGGAAAAAAUACUGUGAUUUUUUAAUUAAAUUUGAAAAUAUAUGUACCGAUAAUGUUUACCUUUUGGGCAUGAUACUUAAUAAAAGGAAUGGAGGAAAUGGGGCAAAUACGAACACUCAGGAAAAAAUUUAAAAUUUUAAUUGUAAUUAUAACAUAAUUAAAAUACUCAGUACACGUCGACAUGUACAUGUACAUGGCGACAUGUGUGUGUGGUGCAUGUAACCACUGCACACACAUGUUUAUGCAAAUAAAUUUAUCUUUAUCUUUAAAAACUCAGGAAAUAUUAUAUACAUUUCUUUUAUUGUCUCAUAAGACAGUAUAACUGUUCAAAUAACUACUUAACUAAUCAAAUUUUAUAUUUUUUUUAAAUAAUAUUUAUCUAUUUAUUUAGACUUUUACACGCAUCCAAAAUAUGUCUACAGGGCGGACUUAAUGCCUAAUGGCAUUCUUUACCACGUAACCGUUACACUAAAGGAAGUUUUUAAAGGAAAAAUAAAACUCAAUAUAAAUAUUAUAAUCACUAUGAGACAUCUAUAGUCCUUUAUCAAUAAGUUAUAUUAAAAACACAAAGAAAAAUAUUUAAGUAUUCAUAACUUGACUUUUGUGUGUAUCUUUUUCGACUUGCCAUUUAGCUUUGGUUGUGGCAAGAGUUUUAAAAUGGCGGUGACUGCAUGUCACAUUUAUUUCUUUUCGUACUAACUUGUUAUUUAUCAUAGACUACAAAUGAAUAUUGUUUAUUUAUAUUAAUGCCAAUGUGAGAAGCACGCGUCCAUUGGUUCAAGGUUCCAUUGACAAUCACUGCUGCAGCAUACAUAGUUGUAAUGCAGCGUAAUGCUGACUAACCUUUUUUGUCACCGCUGUGAUGUACAUUGAUUACUAUUUUUAUAUCUAUACUAUCAAAUUAUAUGACGCCUAUUUGAUAAUACCGUCUAUAUGUGUCGAUAUUUUUUGGUAAAUUUAUCACUCAUUAAUUUAUUCAGUUUCGAGAUUACCCACUGUUCGUAUUUCCCCCACUUUCCUCUCCAUGUGUAAAAUUAGUGUUUACUCGGGGGAACAAUAUGAAUUAAUUAAAACUUAGUUUUAUUAAAAACACAGUUGACUUCAGUUGUAAAAUAAUUAUUGACAUAUCGCCAUAUGUUUAACCUCCGCAGCGUGAGAAAGGUCACAAGUAUGAUGACUUGGUUUACUCGUAUAUUUGUACUAUUUAUAUACUUUGUAACACUGAUUAAACAAAUAAAUAGUAUAUAUAGUACAAAAUAAUAUCUCAGUGGAUACAACCAUGAUGAAUAAACGCAUUGAGACGUCUUUUGUUAUCAACGUGGAACAACAAAUAAGUUUACGGCCCGCCAGGUAGAAUAAGAUAACCGUCACCUAUAAAUAUUAACAGAGAAAGUAUAGAACAUAAAUGGGACAUAAGUACCCAUGUAGACGACUUUAAUGAGACGUAUAUCCGAACCGACUAAGGGAGAGCGAAGGAUGGGCAGCAGCAUCUCUCUUAAAACAUCUUCAAAGCCGAACUGCGAUUUCUAGUACGGUUGCCAAGCAUGGCAAAUACUGGCAAAAUCUCCCAAGGGGGAGGCUUAUGUUCAGCAAUGGACAGUUAAAGCCUAAUAUGAUGAUGAUGAUGAUAUCCGAACCAAUCCAAUCUUCUGUAAUCAGAAAAUUUAACAGCCAUUAAUCUGCUAAUGUCAAUUCCACUUUUAACUUAUAAAUUUUAACUUUUAACUGUAAAUCUAUGUUAUUUGUAUACUAAUACUACAUUACUGCUACUACAUUACAAAUGAUUGUAAAUAUUAUUUUUUUUAUUGUAAAUACGUUUUCGUAAGUUUUGUAAAU